GUGCUGGCGGAAGCGGAAGCGGCAGCGGCGGGGUUGCAUCGCCGCCGGGCAGCGCCAACCAUGCAACAUGGCAGCAGCCAUGGAAACUGAACAGCCGGGCCUUGAAAUCUUUGAAACGGCGGGCCGUGAGGAGCGGGAGCAGAGAGAGGAACAGCCAAAACUGGAACCUUACUAUGUAGAGAGACAUUCCUGGAGCCAGCUCAGGAAACUGCUCACGGAUACACGGAAGUAUCAUGGGUAUAUGAUGGCAAAAGCCCCACACGACUUCACGUUUGUUAAGAAAAAUGAUCCUGAAGGACCUCAUUCUGAUAGGAUCUACUAUCUGGCCAUGUCUGGGGAGAACAGGGAGAACACGCUCUUCUACUCUGAAAUUCCCAAAACCAUAAACAAAGCUGCCGUCCUGUUGCUUUCCUGGAAGCCUCUUUUGGAUCUUUUUCCGGCCAUCCUGGACUAUGGGAUGUACUCUCGUGAAGAGGAGUUGCUUCGGGAGAGGAAGCGAAUCGGCACCGUUGGGAUUGCCUCCUAUGAUUACCACCAAGAAAGCGGCACCUUUCUGUUUCAGGCUGGGAGUGGAAUUUAUCAUGUAAAGGAUGGAGGUCCUCAUGGAUUCACUCAACAGCCUUUAAGACCCGUUCUGGUAGAGACCAGUUGUCCAAAUAUCCGGAUGGAUCCCAAGCUUUGUCCAGCUGAUCCAAAUUGGAUUGCCUUUAUCCACAGCAAUGACAUCUGGAUAUCUAAUAUAGAAACCAGAGAAGAGAGGAGGCUAACGUUUGUGCACAAUGAACUGGCCAAUGUUGAGGAGGAUCCAAAAUCUGCUGGCGUGGCUACUUUUGUGCUGCAGGAGGAGUUUGACAGAUACACUGGCUACUGGUGGAGCCCAAAGGCACAGCCAACACUGAAUGGGGGUAAAGUUCUUCGAAUUCUUUAUGAAGAAAAUGAUGAGUCAGAGGUGGAAAUUAUUCACGUCACAUCGCCAAUGCUGGAGACGAGAAGAACAGAUUCCUUCCGGUACCCCAAAACUGGUACAGCAAAUCCAAAGGUCACUUUCAAGAUAUCUGAAGUGACAAUCAAUGCAGAAGGAAGAAUUGCAGAUGUUGUGGAUAAAGAGCUAGUUCAGCCCUUCGAGAUCCUCUUUGAAGGAGUAGAGUACAUUGCUAGAGCUGGGUGGACGCCAGAAGGAAAAUAUGUCUGGUCCAUCUUACUGGAUCGGUCCCAAACUCGACUUCAGAUAGUCUUGAUCCCUCCUGCAUUAUUCAUCCCAGUAGAAGAUGAUGCAAUGGAGAGACAGAAACUCAUCGAUACUGUACCAGAUUCUGUUACGCCUUUCAUAAUUUAUGAAGAAACAACAGACAUCUGGAUAAAUAUCCAUGAUAUCUUCUAUGUUUUCCCUCAAACCCAUGAAGAUGAGAUAGAGUUCAUUUUUGCUUCCGAAUGUAAAACGGGAUUCCGGCACCUAUACAAAGUCACCUCGGUUUUGAAGGAGAGCAAGUAUAAGCGGUCAUCUGGAGGUCUCCCUGCUCCAAGUGACUUCAAGUGCCCCAUCAAAGAGGAGAUAGCCAUUACCAGUGGGGAAUGGGAAGUGCUUGGGAGACAUGGGUCAAAUAUCUAUGUAGACGAAGCCAAAAAACUGGUGUAUUUUCAAGGCACAAAAGACUCGCCUUUGGAGCAUCACUUGUACGUCGUUAACUACGAGAAUCCUGGAGAAGUGAAGCGACUGACAGAGCGUGGUUACUCUCAUGCCUGCUGUGUCAGCCAGGAUUGUGACAUGUUCAUCAGCAAGUACAGCAACCAGAAGAGCCCACACUGUGUGUCACUUUACCGGCUGACAGGACCUGAAGAUGAUGCAGCUCACAGGACAAAGGAGUUCUGGGCUACCAUUUUAGAUUCAGCAGGCCCUCUACCUGAUUACAUUCCCCCAGAAGUGUUCUCCUUUGAGAGCUCCACGGGGUUUACACUCUAUGGGAUGAUGUACAAACCUCACAAUCUGCAACCUGGGAAGAAGUACCCCACUGUGCUUUUCAUCUACGGAGGGCCUCAGGUACAGCUAGUGAACAACCGGUUUAAAGGAAUCAAAUAUUUCCGUUUGAACACCUUGGCCUCUUUAGGCUACGUUGUUGUUGUCAUUGAUAACCGGGGAUCCUGCCACCGAGGGCUGAAGUUUGAAGGAGCCUUUAAAUACAAAAUGGGACAAAUUGAAAUCGAUGACCAAGUGGAAGGGCUGCAGUACUUAGCAUCCCAGUAUGACUUUAUUGAUUUGGACCGUGUUGGCAUUCACGGCUGGUCCUACGGAGGCUACCUCUCUCUUAUGGCUUUAAUGCAGAGGUCAGAUAUCUUCAGGGUUGCUGUUGCCGGAGCACCCGUCACGCUGUGGAUUUUCUAUGACACUGGUUACACAGAGCGUUACAUGGGCCACCCGGAUCACAACGAGCAGGGAUAUUACCUAGGUUCGGUGGCCAUGCAAGCUGAGAAGUUUCCUUCUGAACCAAACCGUUUGCUGCUGCUACAUGGGUUCUUGGAUGAGAAUGUUCACUUUGCACACACUAGUAUUUUGCUCAGCUUUUUAGUGAGAGCUGGGAAACCGUAUGACUUACAGAUCUACCCUCAGGAGAGACACAGUAUAAGGGUACCCGAGUCGGGAGAGCACUAUGAACUCCACCUACUGUAUUACCUUCAGGAGAACCUGGGCUCCCGCAUUGCUGCCCUGAAGGCGAUGUAACUGACCUCUGCAGAACUCUGCUCAACUGGCUGCUUUACUGAAUGAGGAGAUGCAGGAAACUAGAGAAAAUAGGAUGGAACACUGCAUUUUGGUGCCUGCCAUGUGUACACACACACACACACACACACACGGAGACACUUUUUUUUAAAGUAAAUUCGGUGCCAUACAGGAAAUUAAAGGACGGUGGCCUAAUAACUUUAAAGCUUAAGAUGUAAAUAAAAUCAAAUGUCUGUGGUGUAA